CGGACCGAACAGUAAUUCGUGUCGCAAUUACGUGCGAUCGCGCAAAAUCAGUCGUUAUCGCAAAUACCCCGGAGGCAGCGUAUUUAUUAAACAAAUUGAUUUCUUCGGACCGCUUGGGCCGGACCUUGACACGCUUAUCGUCGAUGAUAGUUUUGAUAAAUGGACACCCUCGCCUAUUGCACGACCUGCUCAAUGCUGCUUGCAACUAAAAUUUCCUGCCACUUUCUACGUACGCUUCGGUUCGCGGAGGUCAAUGUCGAAAACGAGCGAAACAUUUUUGCCAACGGGCGAAUUCAUACUACACAGCAGAAUGAACUCGGACCGUGUGCCAAAAAGGUCAAGGCUUUCAUUGAUAAUUGACCAUAUGGAGACCAAUAUUCAGUUCCGCCUUCCAUUUCUAUUUCUGUCCAGUAUGAUUUAUCCAUCGCACGGACACCUGACCUUAGCUAACAACCAGGAAGAACCUCGGGGGAGUCGGGUCUCGCGGGGCGAAGACGGGAGGAAAACCGAGGAUCGGGGAGCAAUCGAGGCGAACGAAAAUGGCGGGGAUUGGCUGCUCGUAAGAUCGAUGUGCGGCGAGACGCGCUCGCGCGCGCGCCAGACCGCUCCAGCACUCGUCACGGGGUACAGCGUCGACGUUGACCAGAAGCACAGAAAGGACAAGGGAAAGGGUGAAUCGUCCUGAAUACGUAGGGGAUAGACUGUCCGAGGAACGGGUUCUCUCCCCUCUUCGUGGAUCCUCGCCCGAUUCGCUCAUCCCCGGUAACUCGGCCAGUGGAAUACUCGGCCGUUUCUGAACCGCGUCGAACAGUCUCGCUGAGGAGAGUCAACGGGUUGGACAGCAGAAGUGGAGUGUGUGCCACCGCGUAUGCGCCAUAUGUACAUAAUUACUACGUCCAAUCGGGGAUUGAAAGCGGUGCAAAGCUUUGUCGUAGCGCCGAAGCUCCAGGGUCCGCUUCGUCCCGCUGUUGGUUCCAUCGCGUGCGUGCGAGGAAGCGCGCGCGCGCGCACAACCGCGCGGCGGUGGUUCAGUUGGAUAUUGACUUUCGCAUGCACGGGGCGCGUUGCCUAGAGUCUCUUCAGCCACUGCGAUUCCUAGACGAGAGCAUCGA